AUGCGGGAGCAGCCCCGGCCGCGGCCUCCGCCCUGGGGCCUCGCGGCUCUCCUGGUCCUGGCGCUGUGCAGUCGGGCCCUGAGCAAUGAGAUCCUGGGCCUGAAACUGCCCGGCGAGCCGCCACUGACCGCCAACACCGUGUGCCUGACGCUGUCGGGCCUGAGCAAGCGGCAGCUGGGCCUGUGCCUGCGCAGCCCCGACGUGACGGCGUCCGCGCUGCAGGGCCUGCACAUCGCCGUGCACGAGUGUCAGCACCAGCUGCGCGACCAGCGCUGGAACUGCUCGGCGCUCGAGGGCGGCGGCCGCCUGCCGCACCACAGCGCCAUCCUCAAGCGCGGUUUCCGUGAGAGUGCCUUUUCCUUCUCCAUGCUGGCUGCUGGCGUCAUGCAUGCGGUGGCCACAGCCUGCAGCCUGGGCAAGCUGGUGAGCUGUGGCUGUGGCUGGAAGGGUAGUGGUGAGCAGGACCGGCUGAGGGCCAAACUGCUGCAGCUGCAGGCCCUGUCCCGGGGCAAAAGCUUCCCCCACUCCCUGCCUAGCCCGGGUCCUGGCUCAGGCCCCAGCCCCAGCCCCCAGGACACAUGGGAAUGGGGUGGCUGUAACCAUGACAUGGACUUUGGAGAGAAGUUCUCUCGGGAUUUCUUGGAUUCCAGGGAAGCUCCCCGGGACAUCCAGGCACGAAUGCGAAUCCACAACAACAGGGUGGGGCGACAGGUGGUAACUGAAAACCUAAAGCGGAAAUGCAAGUGUCACGGCACUUCAGGCAGCUGCCAGUUCAAGACCUGCUGGAGGGCAGCCCCAGAGUUCCGGGCAGUGGGGGCAGCAUUAAAGGAGAGACUGGGCAGGGCCAUCUUCAUUGAUACCCACAACCGCAACUCCGGAGCCUUCCAGCCCCGCCUGCGUCCCCGCCGCCUCUCGGGAGAGCUGGUUUACUUUGAGAAGUCUCCUGAUUUCUGUGAGCGAGACCCCAGCGUGGGCUCCCCGGGCACGCGUGGCCGGGCCUGCAACAAGACCAGCCGCCUGCUGGACGGCUGCGGCAGCCUGUGCUGUGGCCGUGGGCACAACGUGCUCCGGCAGACGAGAGUGGAGCGCUGUCAUUGCCGUUUCCACUGGUGCUGCUAUGUGCUGUGUGAUGAGUGCAAGGUCACAGAGUGGGUCAACGUGUGUAAGUGA